UCCCGAAUUCGGUUGAUUGUAAAUGACCGUCGUUCCAACGCCAUCGCCUCAGUCUUUCUUCGUCUGUUAAAGUGGUAACAAAUCUGGCGCAAGAAUCGAGAAGGAAAGAGGUGGAUAAUGGAAACACAUGGAGAGCCUGAGUCUUGCAUUAGGGAGUCCUUUAAUUGUCCACAUUUCCAGCGGAACACUUGUGUGAUUCACUUCACAUGCUGCGAUGAGUGGUAUCCUUGCCACAAAUGCCACAAUGACUCCUUGGAAAGGCAAGAGAAUGACAAACCAUCAGUGGAUAAUUCAGAAGAUAAUUUCGUGGAGAGUGAUAUAGCAGAGGAUGGAGGCGAUUUGGGAGAGGGUAGUUCAAAUCCCACUGGAAUUAGCCAUGAGCUCGAAGCUUCCCCACGUACUGUUGCAUUUGAUGAUGCCAAAAUGGAAUCAAGAGCUAAAAAUUCAGAUGCACCCAAUGGCGAAAACAACAAAACAGCUACUGACUACGAAUGCUUGCGAAAUGGAGACAACAAGGUGUUGUCAGGAAUGGAGGUAGAAAAUUCAGUGAGUGAGGAAAACAAUCAAAGAGAAAAUACUACUCUUUGUGGAAAAGAAGAAGAGAGUGAUGCACAUGAAACUUCCUCAAACACAGAGACAAGCUUGUCAAAACUUAAUGGUUUUGAAGAAUGGUGCCUGGUAAGAGAAGAAAGCAUUUCCACGGUAAGGUCUUCCGGCCAAGCAGCAGAAGGUGCCGGAGAACUCGAAGGUAUAACAGAUGAUGCAUUGGCUAGUGACAUAAAGGAAGAAAGUCCAAAUACUACUGAUGGAUCAUCAGAUCAUCUGAAGAACAAUGAAGAGAUUGGCGUGAGAAAAAAUAUCAUGCAGGGAAAUGAUGAAAAUAAUUUCCAUCUCUCACUGGCUACUAAAAGGGAGCAUGCACUGGUUAAAGCACAAGAUGGAAGUCGCCUAAAGUGUAUAGCAUGCAACCACAUACAGUCAAAGUUUUGUCAGAAGUGUGAAAAGGAGUCAUGUGGGAAAACAUUUGCCAGCUAUUUCUGUCCAGAAUGUAAACUUUUGAUUGAAAGUGGAGGAAGUGCUAGCCUGCAACCUUACCACUGUGGACUGUGCGGGGUAUGCAGGUUAAACAAGGGGGAAAACUUCCAUUGUAGAACGUGUAAUGUUUGUAUGCCCCUUUCUCUGAGAGAUCAUAAGUGUUUUGACAAUAGAGGUCACGAUCCUUGUGCAAUAUGCCUGGAGGAAGUUUUCUCAGGAGCUGUUAUUCUCCCUUGUUUUCAUAUGAUUCAUGAGGAUUGUGGUGUAAAGCUUAUUCUCUCAGGAAGUGACACAUGCCCAAUGUGUCGAGGCGCCAUCAUGCAGAAUAAAGAAGCUGGACUUGUUGUUGAAGAAUCCCAAACAAGCCGCGAAGUUGCCUCCAACAGUGGAAUUUUAACCAGAAUUGGGGAUGUUUUCCGUACAGCUACUUCUAACUUAGUAAAAACAAUCUCUUGUCGCACUCAGCGUGCCACUCCGAAUGAAAUGAGCACUGCGCCAGUGUCACAACACGUUACGACCCCUAUCGGAUUUGGACUCCGCGGUCCAAAUCCGGUACCGGAUCACGACCACCCCGGUCAAAAUCUGCUAACGGACAUGAAUCCCCUUUUCCAGAUUUUGGACUCUUGCUUUAAAGCAUCGUUUGUUUCAUGCAACCUUGGCCCUAAUCCUCAAACCCAACGCUAAUCCUAACCCUAACCCUAACCCUAACCCUAAACCCUAAUCUUUGUUUUCAGUGCAUGUACUUUAGUGCCUAAAGAGAGAGGGUAGUGGACAACAAAUAAAUGAUUAUGAUGGGCUAUAUCUUGAACUUUCAGGCUAGAAGGUGUUUUCUUCUUUCUUCGCGAUACCUCAGUUUUGUUACUGCACAAAAUCCUGUUUUUGAUACUUUUAGCUUCCAAUUUUGAUAUACGGGGAAUAUUAAUAUGAGUAAAUUAACUCAACUGGGUGAAGUGCUUUAGAUGGCAAGAUAUAUUCAGCCAUUCAGUCGUCUGUAAAGAAAGGAUAAGACAGACAAGUCUUCUGUGAUAAUUCCAACAAAUAUUUUCGCUACGUAUUAUGAUAUUUAAUUUAAUUUAAUUUAGUCCAUUUUCACUGCAUUAAGUUUUGCAGUGGGUUCGCACUAGAAAGGAACUUAGGAACUAGUUAUCGUGCUAGUCCACCCUCCCACCCAUCCCAUACCAGGGGAGGACAUCCCUCACACAGUAAUCUCGAGUA